AUGAAUAAAGAAGAGAUUUACACAAUCCGCCCCACUCGUUCUAAGUUAUUGAUAGUUUGGUCGAUAUUAGAACUAUGCACUGUGUCGCUCCUAUUUGCAAUGAGCUUUUUCUUUCUUUUUGCAAAUUCAAAACUAAUUCAAAGAGGUCCACCUGCAUUUCAAUUGAGGAUUCAGUCAGAUUCAAUAUUUGCCAAAAAUACAUUCCAACUUGUCCAACAAGGACUAAAAUUUGCAACAUAUUUGUCGAAUGACUUGAACAUUUACAUUAAUGAGACUAUCCCAGAAACAUAUCUCCAACAAAUUGACUCUAAUUAUGACAAUAAUUUGUACCAGUUUAAUGUUUUUGGUUUUUGUCGGAAGACCCAAUUUGAUAAAAUAUUGAAUUGUUACAAUGGACAAGGAAUAAACAUUGCUGCGUGUUUUCUUCAAGAUAUAGGAACACAGCUAGGAAAUUUGACAAACCAGGCUGAUCCAAGCAAUGUUUCAGCCAAAUUAGUUUCUUUUUACUACAAUCUAGUGGACCAGAUUUGCAGUGACUCUGACAAGAAAUUGUGUGCUUUGCAAACAUACAAUACAAUGUCAAGAAUAGUUCAAUAUCUUGGGAUCUCAUCUUUGAUUUGCUUAGCUGUGACUACCGCUACCUCUUUUUUUGAAAUGAUAGGUUACUGUGUUUUUGCAAAAUCUUUGGCUAGAGUCUUUUUCAUUGUCAAGGUCAUAUCUAUGUUGGUUUUCGUCUUCACAAUAUGUAUACUAUACUGCAUAAUCAUGGUUAUGAAAAACUUUUUAACCGAUUUAAUCACCCAAUUUCAAAUUGGAACCCUAGAGUUCCCCUCCAUCAAAUGGAUUACUUGGGGUGUUUUAACAUUAAUGUGUCUAAUUAUUGUUGUGAAACGUUAUCUUAUAUACCAAUCUAUUUAG